UAUUUUGUUCUUUUUUUCUAGGAUACCACAUCACAGACAAAUAGCACAAAUACGACAGGGAUGCGCACGUGCAAUACAGUUUCAACCGGUGCCAUACUUUUGGCAGAUAUUCUACCAGCGCUGGCGAUUAAGUUGACGGCACCAUUUUUGCCGUUUCUAGUACAUGCUCGACUGGCUACCUGUGUGUUAUUUUCCGCUGCAGGAUUUCUCAUGGUAUCGUUGGGUACUGUUGAAUGGCUCGCCAUUCUGGGUGUCGUCAUAACAUCGAUCUCCUCCGGUUUGGGUGAAGUCACAUUGCUUAGUUAUAGUAAUCAGUUUUCCAAACAAGUGAUUUCGACAUGGUCAUCGGGAACAGGCGGUGCAGGAGUAAUCGGUGCUUUAUCUUAUGCUGGUCUCGCUAUGAUACUAUCUAUAGAGAACACAUUGUUGGUCAUGUUAAUUGUGCCACUCUUGCAAGCAAUCACGUUCUGGUUUAUCCUCAAACAUCCAUCGCACACCAGAAUAUCAAUUAUCAAGACCGGUGUCGAAAGUCAAGAACAAAUCAUCAAAGUUCCCGAGAAGAGCUUCAAGGACAAGAUCAAUUUAAUGCCUGGCUUGCUGAAGUACAUGAUACCGCUCGGACUAGUUUAUCUUUUUGAAUAUUUCAUUAAUCAAGGCCUGUACGAGCUCAUCGAAUUUGACGGUAUUUGGUUGAAACAACAUGAACAAUACAGAUGGCUCCAAGCGGAUUACCAGAUAGGUGUAUUUCUCUCCAGAUCAUCGGUAAACAUAGUUACGAUUGACAGAAUUUGGAUUUUGUCCCUAUUACAGUUCUUUAACGUCAUAAUUCUUCUGUUUGAAACUAUAUACUAUUAUAUACCAAAUAUAUGGAUCGUUUUUGGCCUUGUUAUGUGGGAGGGUCUACUUGGAGGCGGGGCGUAUGUGAACACUUUCUUUCGGAUGUCAUCUGAGAUUCCAAAAGCGGAUCGUGAGGCCUCUCUUGGAAUCGCGACAAUGUCGGACUCAAUCGGAAUCGCAUUGGCCGGUUGGUUGUCCAUGCCAGUCCACAAUGCUAUUUGCAAACUGCCGCAGCCAAAGAGAUUAGAUAGCUAAAGGAAAGCACGACGAUGGUGGACAAAAACAAUUUUCGUAAAUCGCAAAGUGUACAAGUUUAUUACGCGGCUAAAGUUUCAUCUGUUCGAGGAUAGUCCAAAAAUAUCAAGGAUAUGUCGCUAGUUGAGUUUGAGUAUCUGAUAAAUAUGUUGGGAAAGCAGAAAAGACAUCACAUAGAAAAGCAAUAUCUGUGCAAAGAUUAGCCAUAACUUUGCACUUUUGGCAAUUGCCGAUUCUUAUGCAAGUUCAUAUGCAAAGUAUCUGUCUAAAAUUUCCAAAUAAACAAUCAGUAAAAUCGUC